UGUUCCUGUGUAAUUUACAAGUGAGGGUUCCUGACUGUUGUGGAGGGAGAGCGGUAAUGUGUCUCAGCCCCCUGUCGGAUGUCCGAUGAGCGGACGGACUCGUGUUUACAUCCACAGCACUUCACACAGCCACGGACACAGCUAACUUCUCAGGCUCGGCUCGGCUGUGCUCGGAUCGGAUCUAAUCCACCGGGGUUCGGCUCGAUACCCGGAUUUUUAUCCAAGGAAGACACCAGAAAAGUCUUCAUAUCUCUGCUGAAGUGGAGUGAAGUGAGCUGCGGUUUUAAGGAGAUUUUUCUAGGUUUGCCACUUGGAUGCUUAACUUGAACUGUGCCUGUGGUCUUCCAUUCCCUCAAUAUGUACCUAACUGGUGAAACAGACAGCUGAAAUCUCUGAGACAGCUUUCUGGAUCCUUCCCCUAAACCAUGACGGUGAACAUUCUUUGUUCUCAGGAUGGAAUAAUAAAACAGCAAACCCCUGGUGGUGUGGAGGAAUGAGGUCCUCUGGAUGAAGGCCAUGGAGCUGAAGGUGUGGGUGGACGGAGUGCAGCGAAUUGUGUGCGGUGUCACGGAGUUCACCACCUGCCAGGAAGUGGUCAUUGCUUUGGCACAAGCCAUUGGACGGACUGGCAGGUACACUUUGAUCGAGAAAUGGCGGGACACGGAGCGCCACCUGGCUCCACAUGAAAACCCUGUGGUAUCCCUCAACAAGUGGGGUCAGUAUGCCAGUGACGUGCAGCUCAUCCUUCAAAGAACCGGCCCGUCGGUUAGCGAGCGGCCCACCUCUGAAGGCUUGGCCCGCAUCCCGGAGCGGGGACUGUACCGUCAGAGCCUCCCACCUCUGGCUAAACUCCGUCCAUCAUGGACGGAUCGCUCACUCAAGCGAAGGGAGCCCAAACGCAAGUCUCUGACGUUCACCGGAGGCGCCAGGGGUCUGCGGGAAAUCUUUGGAAAAAGCAGAGAUUCUGACGCCAAACAGCUACAGCUGCAGCAGCAGCGUGGUGUGAAUCUGAACCUGAGCAGAGUCGGCGGUGGAGGAACCGCAUCAGUACCUGGGAGUCCAGCCAGAGAGCUGAGCCGGCUGGUGCAGCUGCAGAGGGACAAACUCCAGGCGCUGGAGAGCCGUCUGCUGGGCUGUGAGGCUGAGCUGCAGGACUGGGAGGAGUUCACCAGCCAGAGCAGCGAUGAAGGAAAUCUGGAGGAUGAGCUGCUGCUCCUGGAGCAGCAGGUGAGGAGGAACGAUGCCGAGAUGGAGGAGGAGGAAUUCUGGCAUAACGAGCUGCAGGUCGAGCAGGACAGCGAGCGGCAGCUGCGGCAGCAGCUAGCGGAGCUGCAGAGCCGUGUGCGUGACUGCAACGCCAAGGUUUCAGAGUACUUAGCACGCAUUCUGAGCAUGGAGACGGGUCUGGAGAAGGAGCGACUUCAAAAGGAGGCUGAGCUCAACCUGAAGGUCAAAGAGGAAGAGGUGCAAACCCAGCUGGAGAAAGUGAGGGCUGAGCUGCAAGUACAAAGCCAACAAACUUCACGGCUGGAGAGCAGCUGCAAAGCGGUGGAGCGCUCACUUUUCCAGUCAGGCAAGAGACUACAGGAGAAGGAGCAGGAGCUGGAGCAGCUGACAAAGGAGCUCCGACAGGUCAACCUGCAGCAGUUCAUUCAGCAAACCGGUACCAAAGUGACUGUGCUGCCUGCUCAACCCUCAGGAGAGAACAGCAGCGACGAAGUGGAGUGUGACUCUCUGAAACGACUUGGAUCCUCCCGACUCUUACCCAGCGGCCUUCGCGCCCUACAGAGCCGCGUCUCCUCCAGCCUAAACCCAGAAGGCAUCUACGUUUGACCCUGUAAAGUCCAGACAGGCAGUGGAGUGCCCUACUGAUACAGCAGCUCAUCUCACACCUAAAGAUCCACAAAAAUAUUUUUUAAGCAGUGCAAUGGUGUGGGAUCUCCAGUUUGCAGAACAAAGCUUAAGAAAAGGCCUGUUUUGCAUCUUUUCUGUUUUUACUAUUAUUAAUAUUCUUGACCUCAUGGAAGCUGCAGACAGAUUAUGUGUGUGUGCUGUAAAUCAAAAGAGGAUGUGAAGAGUUUUGACUCAUGCGUGUAUAUAAACAGGUAAUAUUAGCAGAUGCAUGAGCAUGCACACACAGACGGCCCUUAUGUGCUAUAGCCAUAUUUGAUUGCCUUACUCUGGUGUUUUAACACCGGACAUCAAUAAAAAUUAAAACACAACUCAAGGUAGGUUCAGACCUAAAUGCGCAAUGUUGAUUUUAUAAUUACUCAACAAUAAAUCAGGAGUCAGCAGGUCAUAAAUGAUGUCAUUGUAGCUUAUUAUUUGGGUUGAAUUUUUAUGAGUUUAGAUUUUUGUAUUGCAACUAAAUUAAUCUAGUAUUUUUUUUUGUUUUAAAUGUGAACUAAAUCCCCUUUCUGUUUUGAGUUGUGUUAACAAAAUAAAAGACAUGUAGAGCAGCUCGUCUGUAGAACGUUGCAGUAUCCGUAAGUGACCGCCUGGGGGCGACAUAAACGCGUUAUUCAGGCGAGUGUGUGAAAGUCUCUCCUGGGAUUUAAUCUGUAUUAAUGUGUGGAAUUAAAAACACUGGUUAGGUAUGAAUGUGGGUAUUAAUCUGUAACUAAGCCUCAGCACUUUACCUUUCAGACAAUAAAAGUGCCACUUUUUUUCUUUU